GACAGCAGCCUCAGCACUGUGCUCCAUCAGCAUCCUGUUGACUGCAGACUGGAAGUCCUCUGAAAGGGCCUGGGCCGGCUUCGUCAGGUCCUCCAGCUCUGGGUCCUGUGUCUGUCCGUAGAGCUGCACCACAGAGUCCCAGGGCACUAUCUUGAUGGAGGCCCUGAUCCUCAGCUUCCUCAACAGCUCCUGGUAGGUCUCCUCUUUAACCACCCAAUCCUGGUCGCUGGACUCUGCCUCCACACAAAGGAAUGUUCUCAUUCUUGCAUGGCGCCAGCUGCUGGCCAUGUUGAGAACACAUGCCACCUGCAGCAGGAAGAGACUGCACACGUCCACGGAGGCUGCAGACGUGUUGUUCGGCUGCAGCAGGUUGAGGGGCCACACGUCGAUGAUCCUCGCGGCCCCGUCCAUCUUGGUCCCCAUGCCCUCUCCCUGCAGCUGGAAGAAAUGGCGGCCCAGACACACGUUCUUACUCAUCUUGAUGGCAUCCGAGAUGAUUCCCACAUACUCCUCUGACGUGAGCCAGCGUGGGCUCUCCACUUGGCAGACCGGGGGAAGUGGGCUUGCAGAGGGCAGAUCCACCCUAAAAUCACCCCCACCAGACCCUUUUCACUCACAAAAGGCAGGGUCUUAAAGUAUAAUCACAGUUAUCGUGAACAGUGUGGUCUAUUUAUUGUUUGUGUUUAACUUUAUUUGUGUGAUCACCAGCCAACGAAGACUGGACUUUAGGGGGAGUGUCCUGUGAUAAUUAGCCAAUCCAUAAGGAGGGUAGAAGGUUAAUGAACUUCCCUUUCAUCUGGUCGACAUACAAUACUGUAUGUCCUCUGACACUGCGCAUUGCUUAAUCUGACACCCUCACACAUCUUUGAACUCUGUAUUCAUUCACAGAACAUCUCCCUCCCUCUCGUCAGAGGAGUAGACAAUGUCCUCAUGCAGCACUCCAGCCUUCUCAUGUUGCAAUGAAUCUCCUUCGCGCAAUAUUCUAUCUAGCCAAGAAGAGGCGCUGUAAUCACAGAUGACGAACUACCUCUAAUUGUUGGAGGACUAUGUUGUAAAAUCUUUCAAUUAGUUAUAUUUCGAUAUAGUUCAAAUGUUGGGAGAUUUGGUCGAUUGCGCAAUUAACAACUUAACCGGAGGAUGCACCACUUCAACGACCCAAAACCAAAGGUUAUAUUGUUGUUGAGGACAGUGCCGUUUUAUUCUGACUGACUGGUUAGCUGCUAGCCAACAGUUGGAGUUGCUAGCUACCCAGCUAGCUAAUCUUAAAAAGUCACGUCUCCAGCUGGCCUGCUAACCUCAUUUACGUUAACAUUUAUUGUAAGGGAUAUAUCUCGCUAGUUUAGUGUUUUUCAAUGCGUUGUUUGUUUAGCCUUUGUGCAACCAUAUGAGUUGGGUUUCUGGGUGUUUCAUUAUAAGGUUAGCUAGCUACGAAUAGUCGCUUGCAGUAACUGGAGCCAAAAGUCUGACUUCAUUUAACAAAAAUGAGAUAGAAGGAAGACACCAAGUACAUUUCCCGCUGAUUUUAGCGGCUCUGAAUUGGAUCGAAAGUUUUGUGUGUGAGGCCUGCAGGUCGGGCUUUCACCGAGCUAGAUUAGAACCGUACGCUGCCUGUGAACACUCUUAGGCCGACAGCUCACGCUGCUAGGCUGGAGGCCGGGGAUUUCAACAAAUGGAACGAAUGGAAGUGGACCAGUGCGCAGGCGCAACUACCGGGAGCGGCGGAGGGGCCCUUCGUAGAUCGAACAGCGCCCCCAUGAUCACAAGCGUCAGUGAUGGUAUGACAGUGUUCAGUCCAACUAGUUCAGUCCGGUAUCGGCGGAGCAGUGUCUCUGUGAAUCCCAGUUGCCCUUAUCGGGCUGUUCCCUUGUCCCCUUUCUCAUUGGGUGGUGAGAGACCAGACCACAAAAGGCAGGUUGAGAAUAUGGAGAUGACACUCAGGGGGAGUCUUCAGAGACUAAGUGCUUCCAACCUGGUCCCUCCUCCUGUCAGUCACUGGCAUGACCAUUCAUCAGGGGGAUUCCAUUCACAGGACAGUGGUGUCACACCCAAUUCGUCCCCUAGUCCAACUCGAAGGUUUAGGGGGCCUACAGUUAGUUCUACUGUGAGAUGGCCUGCCCUGACUCCACUGAAAAGGAAAGGAGGUGUGGAGUCUGAUGGCCCGCCCAAGAAGCUGUUUGUUGCCGGGGUAACAGAACCUGCUCACCGGACUAGUUACACAGUCAGUGUGUCCCAGGCGUCAGCAGACUCUCCUACAGGUGGUGUGUCUGUGUGUGAUGCCAGUCCCCAGGGUAGUCCACUGUCCCUGUCUCCUCCCCCCUCUUACCAGCCCAACAUCUAGACACCCCAACACUAGGAGCCUAUCAUAGACCAGGACUACAGUCCGCCUGUCAGGGCCCUGGAUCCCUCUCAACACAGCCCCACCCACCCAGUCCACCUACAGAGCCUGGGAAUCAACUCAGUAAGCCUAUCAGAACCUUAGUUUCUACGCAAUCUGCCUAUCAGGGAGCACUCCUCUCUCUCAAACCAUCAGAGCCUUGGGGAAACAUAUUCCUUGUCUCCUGAAGUAAUCAGAUCUGGAUUUGUAAUCAAGAUAAUAUCUAGAUGUUUAACAAAGACUGGCACCCGUGCUUUGUUAAUCAAAAGGUUUCAGGAAAUGCCCUGCUAAAGGAAGUUGGUGACCAAUGCAUUGUAAGAUAGUGUCAGGGUGAAGAGAUUGUGAUGACAAUGGGAAAGAACUUAGAAAAUAAUUUGACUAAAUUCUGGACUCAAUUUUUGCUGUAGUUGACAUGUGGGUUGUGAUAACCAAUGUCAACAAUGGUUGUAAUUUUCCUUGUUGGGAUUUUCUUUUUCUCAUAUCCAGAGGUGUUACUGGUACUGUAAAACAGAAUGACUUCCAAUAGUCUUCCAAUAGUCAAGAAAAGGCCUUGUCUGAAGUUGUGUUCAGGGGUAACGGUGGGGGAACGUUAUAUCCCACUGAACGGGACCCAAUGGUCCAGUAUUCUUUGAUAGUCCAGAAGUUAGCGCUCAAACAUGAAACAUUAAGUCACCACAGCGGACUGCCGAGCCGGUGUAUAUGUGAAUAGUGUAUUGACAUGUGAAUACGAGGAUAUAACCAGGGCUGCCUUUAUGGCCCUUCACUUUCUCUGGCUGUGGGGGUUUGUACUGUAAAUAUAGAAUCCCCAAGCAAAGCUCUGCCCAGAGGACCCUCCCAAUCUUGGUCCUUAAGGGCCCAAUCCUAAUGAUUGUUCUGCGUGGAUACUGGUAACUCAAAUUUUAGCACAAAUCUGUCAUUAACAUGACAGAGCAAUUCCACUGUAUCAGCGUGACACAAACCAUGUUUCCAUCCACAGUUUUUAUGCCAGUAAAGUCAUAUUGUAUAAAAACUUUUUUUUUACGACCGCUGUGAUGGUAACAGGAAGUUUCAGUACAAUUUCCUAAAUGCCGACAGAUAAUUUGUGAAUUCGACAUGAUGGGAUCUUUUUGUCUGUAAAAUAAAUUAUGCGAGAAAUGGCUUUAUGCUCUAAUAUUGAUAAAAUAACCAUCAUAUCGAAGUAAACUUGGAGUCACACGAUGACGUGUUGUCCUCCCACUACAACUCAGGGAAACAAUGCAGUUUAUUAGCCUACAGAUUAAAUAAGUUAUGAACUUCACAGGGUGGGGAAAGUGCACAAUGCUCCUUUGUAAUAAAUAUCGAGUCUUAUUCUGGUGACAUGAUCGACACUUGACUGCCAUUUUGACAAAUAAAAAUAUUCUGGCUCUUAUCCAUAAUAAUCUCAUCAUGUAGACUAGGCAACCUGCAUUGUAUUGGCUAGAGCGCAGGUGCCAAGACCAGAGUAAGCACAUUUGCUAUUUAACACAACUGUUUGUGGCCAAAGUAUUGGUAGAGUGAAAACUUAAGCGAAAAAGUAUGUUUUGUUUGCACUGUCAUCACACCGAUUAUUAUCGGCCAGUUUGGUGGAAACCACCACCGUAUUUUAGAAUAUUCAAAUGAUAAUCUGUCGCCAAUUGGAUGGAAACCUAGCUACAGACUCACAUUUACUUGACGAAGGAAUCACCUCUUGACAGGUGUGAGUGUGUGUUCUUUAGUUAGUUAGAAAGGACCAGGACUGGGGAUCUCAGUCUUCUGGGUAGAGCGUGAUAUUACCCUUUUUCUAUAUGAGUACUUUAACAGAGGUAGUCUGUGGGGUGUUAACAUACAUUUUUCCCAUGGAUUACAUUGCUGACCGGUAUAUUCAAAUUCUGUAAAGUGGUAUGGUUAUACAUGCUCAGUACCCUGGUAGAUAACAUAAGUGACAUCAAGGGCAUAUCAUGCUGUUUGGGUUAAUGUAAUUUAUGGGAAAGUUGUGGUUUUUAACUGACUAUGUGACCUCCAGACCUUUUGACUUGUGAAAUAUAUAGUCUAUAUAAGCUGCAGUGUCUUAUACAAAAACAGAAUGUUAUUGACAGUAACUGUAAUACUCUUAAUUCAAAUACCCUUUCCAGAGCUGAGUUUUACAGCAAAUGUCUCCUUUUUGUAGACCUACUUCCAAUUUCACAAUUUUGCACAGUAUUAGUUUCACAUUAUUAAUCAAUAUGGCUGUUACAUGAAUGGGAUCAUAUCCCGGUUUUAAGACAUGCUGUUGCUUUGUAUAUUUUGCUUCAUUUGCUCGUUUCUCAUCAGGUUACUGUCUCUUGUCCUGUCUCAGAGAAGUGCUUGGGUCAGCAAGGGUUGAGGGUCGUCUGCUGAUCUUAACCACUGAUUUUAGAUGGAAUUCUGUUUUUCCUUAGUGACAAUCAGUGAAUUUGGAGGGAAAUAAAAACCUCCAGUUCAAGUUAUAUUCAUGUUCACUUAUUCUCAAGACUGUAGUUAUAUUGACUGCAUACAUUGUUUAGAUUGACAACCAGCAUCACAGCUCCAUUUCUCGCCAAGGUGUAUGAUUGAGAUCCUAGUGUAGAUGAUCAACUCACGUUGCCAAAGUCAAAUGAUUACCGUUUCAUACUCAUUGUACAGACAGACUAGCUUUCAGACACAUGCAUUCGAUACUCUUUCCUAAUUAUGGGGAGAUAUCCUGUAAAUGCAUACUGAGUCAAAUGACAUGAACAUCCACAGAAGAUGCUGAUCUGUCUGAUAUAGCUAACUCCAUUUUAAUCUGCGGUUAACCUACAAGUAAAACUUGCAAUCAAAUGGCACUAACAUUCAAUGGUAGUUUCACCAAUCCCAUCCUUGUUGCAGAAGAUAAACUAGAGGGAAAUAAAUAUAUUUGGACAUGAUCUGAAGCCAAAUAUAAAAUAUUUAAAUAAUCUGUUGAUGUUCAUUGUAGUUGACCCACAAGGUUUGCAUGCCUUAUCAGCAGUGUUUCCCAGUGUCCUGUCAUAUGAGACCACUGCCUGUAGGAGACAAACAGAAGCCACGUCUGGCCGUCUCAAUUGCAAUAAUUCAAGGAGACCAGCUGGUUGUUGCGAGGUCAGUUAAAAACACUUGUAUUGCCAUUUACUGAUUAUUUUAUUGUUUCCUUUUCAUUAUUGUUGCUGUUGUCAUUAUACAAAAUAUCACAUUUAAAAAAAACAAUGUGAACAGCCACAAUCUUAAAAAUGAUUGUUUUCCAAAUAUGACAUGUCAGUAUUAGAGGGCUCCUUUUACUCUUUUUAUUUUAUUUUUUACUGACAAUAGAAUAAAACAGAGAGAGAGAGGAGGUGGGAAAGGGAAUUAAAGCACAUUGCCAGAACAUUCAGACAAGUAUUUUCAAACUGUAAAUAGCUUUGACAAGUCUCUACAUAAAGAGAAGAUUGUAUUUUUAUGGAACUGUAAGCACGAGAAAGUGAGAAUGUACACCUUUUUAAAUAUUGUAUUAUAUAUAUAUAUAAAUAAAUAUCAUGAUAAAAAGACA